CUUCUUUGUGAUCCGACACUUCAAUACUUACUCGUGGAAUGUGAGGAUUGUUAUCCGGACUAUCGAGUGCAUUGAUUAGUCCAUUUCUUUGUCAACCCCCACAAACAAUCUCCCUCUUAGCAUUCCAUCCUCACUGCAUCCAAUUGGCUGAAAUUGCUCAGAAACGGGCUGUCUGCACCCGGGCAGCCCACCUUAACACCAUCUAGCCAUGGAUACCCGCAGACCUUCGUUACCGCCUGGACAACACAAUAUGGACGCCGAUUCGGACGAAGAGGCCGACGAGUACGACUGGAAAACACGCGUGUCAGGCAUGCACGAGGAAUCACGAGCUUCAAGGACUGGCACCCGUAAAGCCUUCGUUCAGCAACCGGAGCAUAAUGAAAAAUCUCAGUCCCAUACUUCGGAAACCGGUGAAACGUCUGACACAGACGACCUCCAGGAAGACGAACAAUUGCCACAUCCAUUCUAUCACUAUGCUAACGAGAAGCGUGACACCUAUGUGGAUGCCAAGCUCAUCUAUCAACGCCAUCGAAUGGAUACGUUAUCCGAAAAGGACAUGGGCAGCCCGUUGUUGUUGGGCAAGUCCUACACGAUGCCUGCUACCUUGGAUGGUGACGUAUCAUUAGAUCGUACGACUAGCACUGCUUCGAGACAGUCUCGCCCAAGCCAGCACGGGGCAGGUCCUAGUGUGCAAUCGACCAAAGUCCAAGAAUCUCUUCCCAGUCUACAGACUCAAACUGGUCCCCUUCAGGGUGCCCGGCCAGAUCCGGCAUUGGUCGCUGAUGCCGCCGCUCGAAAUCAUCGACAUCAUCCAGGCCUCCCGCAUGAAUUCAAGGAUCCUUUACUGGCCAACGAGGGUAUGCAUGGGGCUGGUGCUGGUGUGGGCUUGGGCUCUGGUCCUGGAGGCCUCGCUCCGAGUGAAGAUAGCAUCGUCAGUGAAGUGCAGUCCAUCUGCGAUAAAAUCAAGACCCUGCUCGACCUGAGGCAGAAGUAUCUUAAAAUCUCCCUCCAAUGUCCCGGACAGAAUCCACGAGAUGACGAAAAUUGGGAGGUUUAUCCCCCGCCGCCGAAUCCGGUCUGGAAUGAGCAGAAAGCUCGCGAGCCUCAUCAGGACUACAUCGCUCCUAAUAGCACCUCUAGCAGCCUCUACAUGGCUGAUGCAAGGGCGCAUGGAGAUGUGUACCGAAGCGAACUACACAAGUGGCCGACGGGGGCGAGUCAAGCUGGUUCCGACAGGGGGCCGCCAUCACCAUCCGCUUCCAAGCAUCCUCGCAAACCGGGCCACUCCAUUGGCGAAGAUUUUGAUCUUGAUGAGUGCUUUAUUCCAGGCAAGGAAGAGCGGCCUUUGAAAUACGAAAUGGACGAAGGCAGCAUCUUUCAAGUGUACGAUAGAGGUAGGCCGAUUGUUGCGGUCCCUACAUUGCGGGACUACUACGUGGCGAUGGACACGAUCCUGGAUAUUGCUUCAGAUGGGCCAGCCAAAAGUUUCGCCUACCGCCGCCUUCAAUACCUGGAAGGGCGAUAUAACCUGUACACCUUACUCAAUGAAUAUCAGGAAGUGGCAGAUACCAAAAAAGUGCCGCACCGCGAUUUCUACAACGUACGAAAAGUCGACACUCACGUGCAUCAUUCGGCUUGCAUGAAUCAGAAGCAUCUGUUGCGCUUUAUCAAGAGCAAGAUGAAGAAGUGUCCCGAUGAAGUGGUGAUUGAUCGUGAUGGGAAGCAACUGACACUCCGUGAAGUGUUUGAAAGUAUCCACCUCACGGCAUAUGAUUUGAGCAUCGACACCCUUGAUAUGCAUGCUCAUACCGACUCAUUUCAUCGUUUUGACAAGUUCAAUCUGAAGUACAAUCCUAUUGGACAAUCCAGGCUGAGAGAUAUCUUCCUGAAGACGGACAACUUCAUCAAAGGACGAUACCUUGCCGAGAUCACCCGCGAGGUCAUUUCCGACUUGGAGUCGAGCAAAUACCAGAUGGUCGAAUGGCGCAUCAGUAUCUACGGUCGCAGUAUCAAUGAGUGGGACAAUCUUGCGGGAUGGGUUGUUGACAACAAACUCUUUUCCCAUAACGUGCGUUGGCUCAUACAGAUCCCGCGACUGUACGCUCUGUACAAGUCGCUGAAGACCAUGGAGAAUUUCGAGGACAUUCUGAGGAACAUUUUCCAGCCACUGUUUGAAGUCACGCAAGACCCGUCCAGCCAUCCCAAACUCCACGUCUUUCUGCAGAGAGUGAUUGGUUUCGAUAGUGUCGACGACGAGAGCAAAGUGGAAAGACGGCUGUAUCGCAAGUUUCCGGUACCGAAAGAGUGGAAUACCAAACAAAAUCCCCCGUACGGAUACUGGAUUUACUACAUCUUUGCGAAUAUGACGUCUCUCAACGCGUGGCGUAAGAGGAGAGGCUUCAAUACGUUCCUCCUUCGACCGCAUUGUGGUGAAGCUGGGGAUACCGACCAUUUAGCUGCAGCCCUCUUGUGCUGCCAUAGUAUCAGCCACGGCAUUGUACUUCGAAAGGUUCCGUUGCUGCAGUACGUCUUUUACCUGGAGCAGAUUGGGAUUGCCAUGUCACCGCUCAGCAACAAUGCGUUGUUCCUGACCUAUGAUCGUAAUCCAUUCAUCAGCUAUUUCAAGAAAGGUCUGAAUGUGUCUUUGUCGACGGACGACCCGUUGCAGUUUGCGUUCACCAAAGAGCCGCUGAUCGAGGAGUAUUCUGUGGCAGCACAGAUCUACAAACUGAGCGCCGUCGACAUGUGUGAACUAGCCAAGCAUUCGGUCGACCAGUGCGGCUUCGAGCUGUCCUUGAAACGACGAUGGCUGGGCAAGUAUUGCUACCUGCCAGGUGUGCUCGGUAACGAUGUGGCCAAAAGUAAUGUGCCGGACGUGCGAGAGGCAUUCAGACACGAGACUUUGAAGGCGGAACAUGCAUUCAUUGCGAGGUACACGCGAGAUUACAGCCAUUAUGACCGGUGCACUCCAAACCUUCCAGAUCCUUCAGACCUAUCUACGCCGAUUGACGAGGUAUACAAAGGGUUGGAAUCUCCGAGACAGUUCUACGCGACCGUCGCCGACUCCGUGCCUCCCGCACAGCAAGCAAGACUGCCACAGACGAGAUCUAGUGCUACCAUAGACUGGGGUACGGGUAAUACUUCACCCACGAGGCCCAGGACGAUGUCGAGCGCCACGUCCUUUUACCCCACGCAAUCACAUCCCGACACGCACAUCUCUGGCCAAGAGCCACGCGCUUUCCCCGGACUCGUGCAUCAGCAGAGGAGACGCAGUUUGCGAGUUAGCUCGAGCAACUCGGACAUGGCAGCGCCGGAAAUGAGUUCGAGUUUGCAGCUAGAGCCAGGCCUGGCGAAGAUCACUCUCCGAGAGGAUAUGGAGAUGGCCAAGGAUGAAGAGUCAGAUUGAGCUUCUGUCGAGGUCAGGUACCCACUAGGCCACGAUCGCACCUCAAGAUAAGCAGUCAGGCAGGACGAAGCAUGGACGAGAGGGUGAGGUAUGUUUCUUUGGAUGUGCAUUGCUGAAUCUAAACCUGGACAAUUCGGGUGGAACCGGAGGGCAAUCAUGCAGUCUACAGUCAUAGGGCGGCCGGCUGUAUGCGGUGAGGAGAGGAAAGCCCACGAAAAAGGACAAACCUGGGGAAGGUCUACGAGUAUCUUGCGACGGCAACCGAAGGACGCGAUCUAAUCAGAGCUUAUCAGGAGCAAUUCGGGUUAUACAGCCCGAGAAGGCUGAGUCAGAAUCGUGUUGGUGAUUAUUGACGGCUUUCUGCUUGUUGGAGAAGUCGAGGAAAAGGAAGAUUGUUGAACGGCAUGCUUUGCAGGUAAUCCCUGAACGUCAAAUUGGUGAGAUUGCAUCCCGUCUGUCUUGCUACAUGGCGUUGAGGUUGACAUGGAUGGAGGCUCUGUCGACUGUCAAGACAUUUGGUAUGCCAUAGAUACUAGUAUUUCUUUCUAUUAUGGACUCAAAUUAUCA